AUGUCAUCGUUGGAAAACGUUAUUGGAGGCGUUAAAAAGCUCAAUACCGGCUAUGUUAUGCCGAUGAUUGGUUUAGGAACUUAUAAAGUUGUCGGGCAGGAAACUGUUACUGCGGCAGUCGAUGCGGCACUUAAGUCUGGUUACCGGAUGUUUGACACAGCAAAGUAUUACAAAAAUGAAGCUGAAAUCGGAAAUGCUCUUAAGGAGCUAUUGCCGAAAUAUAACUUGAAAAGAGAAGAUAUAUUCAUUACCACAAAAAUUUUCCCAUCGAGAGAAAAUAACUUUCUGUACGUCAAAGAGAUGGUUGAAGAGUCAUUGACGCGACUACAAGUUAGCUAUCUUGAUUUAAUGUUAAUACAUUAUCCGAAAGCCGAUGCUUCUUCAAAUGACGACCCUAGGAAUGCUGAUCACCGGAAAGAGUGUUAUUUGGCGUUAGAAAAAUACAAAGGGGAUAAUGUAAUUCGAUCUAUAGGGGUUUCUAAUUACGAAAUAACACAUAUUGAAGAAAUCAAAGAAUUUAGUUCUACUAUUCCUGCCGUCAACCAGGUUGAGUUUCAUCCUCAUUUCACACGUGCGAAGCUGAAGGAUUACUGUGAUCGUGAAGGCAUAUUUUUCCAGGUUGGCAUUCUUUCCGUUUAUGUAUUCCAUCCUGAACUGAUCAAUGAUCCAAUAGUAGUAAAGGCUGCUAAGGCACAUGACACAAGUGUACCGAUGGUACUUUUGGCUUGGCCCUUAAACAUUGGUGUCGGGAUAGUUCCAAAGUCUUCAAAUCCUGAUAGAGUGAUUGAAAACAUCAAGGUUGCAGACAUCAAGCUUACAGAAGAUGAGGUGAAGGAAUUUUCACGAUUGAAUAAGGACAAGCACUAUAUUAGGUGUGACGGGUGGAAUGUUUUGUAA